AAUUGCGCCUUCUCGAGCCAGUUCGAAGGUCACGACGUUGCCAAGCCCGUUGACUCGCUCGCGCUGCACCAGCCUCGUGUUCUCUCUCUCCUCCGUUCACCAUGACCGACAAGAUGGAUCGUGGUCUUGACGAGAUCAUUGCAGAGACUCGGCCCUCUGGCCCUCGCAACCGUCGAGGCCGUGGCGGAGGCGGCCCUGGACCUCGCCGCGACCGAGCCGAAGGACCUCGUGAUGGUAUCAGAAAGUCCUACCGAGACGAACCUCGCAACAUUGACAGCGAAUGGGUGCACGACCGCUACGAUGACAACAACAAUUACAGUCGCCGCGGCCCAACGACGCGCCGUGCGCGCGACCCAUCCCCAGAAGCGGAGGGUAGGGGAGCCAAGAUUCGCGUUGACAACAUUCACUACGACCUGACCGAAGAAGACCUGAACGAGCUCUUCCAGAGGAUCGGACCGGUGACGAGGCUCCAGCUCCGUUAUGACCGCGCUGGACGCUCAGAAGGAACGGCUUACGUGACAUAUGAGCUCAAAGAGGAUGCUUCGGAAGCGGUGAAGCAAUUCGAUGGGGCCAAUGCCAACGGUCAACCCAUCCGAUUAACCAUGCUCGGUGGACGGGGCGAUCGCUCGCGCAACCCAUUCGACUCGGCAGUCAUGCCUGGACGACCUUUGUCGGAGCGGGUCUCCGCCCCAGGUCGUGCUCGCUCCCACUCACCAUCGGGUCGAUAUUCUCAAGAGGACGCGGCCCGCAAGGGUAUCGAUAGAUAUAUCCCCGGUGGUCGGUCAAGGACGCCACCUCCUGCACGACGCCGCGGCGCUGCUAACACCGGACGCCGUCCUGGUGCUCGCCGGGAGCGUGGACCGCAAGACGAUACCCGUGGUGCCCGUAGCGCGCCCCGCGGCAAGAGGACCCAGGAGGAGCUCGAUGCCGACAUGGCCGACUACUUUGGUGGUGGAGAGCCUGCGCCCGAAGCCAACGGGAACACGGCUGAAGCACCAGCUGCUGCGCCAGCCCCGGCCGCGGCCGCGACCGACGACAUUGACAUGAUUGAGUAGACUGGGGGGAUUUUGAAAGAGGUUCGUACACCUUGGUGGAAAUGUACUAUCACAAUCGAGGAUUCGACUACGUCUUGUUGAAGUCAAGAGUUUAUAGGAAUGGACUUGGCCGAAGGCUGAGCACCCUUUGGACUCGUGUAUCACGAAAAAGGGGGCACGGAACCUGCAAAGGACCAGCUAGGAAUCAUUGCUCGAAUACAAUACUGGCGUGUCGGCGUUACCAAAUCUUGAGAGACAUGUUGCUACUCUAUUUGUUCGCCUUCUUUGUCGCUGAUGCUCGACAUCGAGCCAAGCGUCGUCCUUG